UCUGAUUGGCUCCUGAUACCCGGAAGUGAGUGCUGUGACCAUGUGUCCAGUGUGUGCAGAGUGUGCUGAGCCCCUGGCUGAGGGUGAUAGGCUGUCAUAGGAAGAGAUCUCCCCAUGUUACAGAUACACAUUUCAUAAUUUCUGCUGACCACUAUGGCGACCGCCUUAUUCAGCAGCGACGGAGAGGAAGUUAUAAACCGCAAACUUGAUUCUUCAGAUCAGAGUAUCAGUGAGAGCACUGAGGAGGCGUUGGAGGAGAUAUACGAGAUCGGGAAAACUAUUUCUUUCAUUCAGAUAAACGGUUUCCAAAGGGUAGCCUUGCAAUUCCCUGAUGAACUCUUGGCGGACUCAGUGGCCAUAGCCAGGCAGCUGGAGGAUGCCACGUCUGCUAAAGUCUAUAUCCUGGGCGAUACGUCAUAUGGCAGUUGCUGUGUAGAUGAAGUGUCCGCAGAACAUGUCGGUGCUGAUGCCGUUGUACAUUACGGUCGAGCCUGCCUCAGUCCUUGCACCAGACUGCCCGUGUCGUAUGUGUUUGGGCGCAAAGCCGUUGAUGCAAGUCUUUGCGCAGAUGCCUUUCAGAGCUUAUUCCCGGACAGAGAGACUCCUGUAGUUACUUUCACUGAUGUGGUGUACGAACAUGUAUUAGUUCAAUUGGAAGCCCAGCUUGGCCCAAAUUACCCCCGCGCCAUUUUUUCCAAACUGCCAGGGCAGAGGGAGAUCCCUUUUCCCAAUGAGACCUGUAAAUUUGGCAGACGAUUCUCUCCAGAUCCCAAGUUCUGGCCAGAUGGCUACAGUUUCUUCUACGUGGGAGGUGAAGGUCCAACUCUCAGCAAUCUCUUGCUGACCUGGCCAAGAUGUCCUUUCUUCAGCUAUAACCCGGAGACUGCAGAGGGCAGGAAGGAAGGACUCAAUGUAAACCGUGCUCUGAUGAAGAGAUUUUACCUGAUAGAAAAGGCCCGCGAUGCCCAGGUUGUAGGCAUUCUGGUAGGCACUUUGGGAGUCUCUGAUUACCUGUCCGCACUGAAACACCUUAAGGACAUUAUCCGUCGGGCUGGCAAGAAGAGUUACAUGAUGUCCAUGGGCAAACUGAACCCGGCCAAACUGGCCAACUUCCCUGAGGUGGAUGUGUUUGUUCUUGUGGCCUGUCCUGAGAACUCCUUGCUGGAUUCUAGUGGCUUCUACCGUCCAAUAGUGACACCAGAUGAGAUGGAGGUGGCAUGUAACCCGGCACGGGAAUGGAGUGGCCACUGCAUCACUGACUUUAGGGAACUGCUUCCAGGGGGAUGUGCCCAUGUGCAGUUUCCAGAGAUUAGUCCCGCAGAUGCAGACCGCACUGACGUCUCUUUGAUAACCGGGGAACUUCGCUCAGUCCGUCUCUGUGCCUCUGAGGUCCCAGAGAAGGAACCAGACCUGACUGUGGCACAAAGAAACAAUGACGGCACUUUGGCUGAACUUGGACCUGCUGCUUCUUUCCUGUCUGCCCGUAGCUGGCAGGGAUUAGACAGAUCGCUGGGUCAGACAGCGGUGGUAAAAACUGUUGAGGGUCGCAGAGGAAUCGCCAUAGCAUAUGAGGAUGAACUAGAGAGUUGAGAAGAUGAACUUAAACCUGCCGCAGGACGAUGUUGCCCUCUUGACGGACAAUACUGUUGGUGUGAGGUCUUUGUCAUCUGCUAUAGCCCCAAAACCCCUUCAACUUUAAAAGCCUUAAAGCAGGAAGAAGACAUAUCUAUGUUGUAUCAAAGAGGAAGAACAGAAGAGAGACCAAAUCUAAUUCUAAGAAUUGCAGGACAGAGGUGCACGAGUGCUAUAUUUCUACAUCUUUCAAAAGAUAAAUGACUGUGCAGGAUCUCAAAGCUGCCCGAUCCAUACGGCUCAGGAGAAAAGGGCAAAAGCUGAGAAUAAUAGCAAGUACUUACCUUCCAUCAAUAGACAGUUCAUUUGAUCUUCAUUCCCAUUGAAACCAGAAAUACCUGGUGUAAUAAGAUACACGAGAAUGGCCAUGGUUAGAUUGUGAAAGAUCUCGGCUACAAAUGAUUUGUGAAAAUAAAGCUCACUGACUGUA